AUGGGAUGCAUUUGUUUCAAGCCUUGGCGGCAAGAAUCUUCGCCGUCGAUUACAUCAACGGUCAUCGACGAUCUCGAUAACGACGAUGACUACGACGGACAUUAUCCACUGAUCUUCAGAGAAUUCAGUUUCGAGCAGCUGAGAAUCGCCACCGACGGAUUCUCCGCCGGAAAUAUUGUAUCGGAGCAUAACGAUUGGAUUCCGAACAUUGUGUACAAAGGAAAACUCGGCGACGGUCGUAAAAUCGCCGUUAAACGGUUUAAGAGACUUUCUUGGCCUGAUCCUUUCGUAUUCAUCAAUGAAGCACAAAGUAUUGGGAGAUUGAGGAGUGAACAUAUGGCGAAUUUGAUCGGUUGUUGUUCCGAUGACAACGAGAGAUUGCUUGUUGCUGAGUAUAUGCCUAAUGGAACAUUAGCAAAACAUCUCUUUCACUGGGAGAAAAGACCGAUGAAAUGGGAAACGAGGUUGAAAGUUGCGUUGCAUACCGCUAAAGCUUUAGAGUAUUGUAAUGAUAAAGGAGUAGAUUUAUACCAUGAUCUUAAUCCUUAUAGGAUACUGUUUGAUAAGAUAGGGAAUCCUAAGCUUUCUUGCUUUGGUCUCAUGAAGAAUAAUAGUCAAGAAGGGAAGAAUUAUAGUACCAACUUAGCAUUUGCACCUCCCGAAUAUUUGCGCCUAGGUACUGUGAUACCGGAGAGCGUCACAUAUAGCUUUGGGACCUUGUUAUUGGAUCUUAUGAGUGGCAAACAUAUUCCUCCAAACCAUGCGCUUGAUUUAUUCCAAGGCAAAAACUAUUUGGUGCUAAUGGAUUCAGCUUUGGAUGGUCAGUUCUCUGAUGAAGACAGAACAGAGCUAAUGCACAUAGCUUCUCGAUGUUUGAAGACUGAACCAGAAGAGAGGCCAAGUAUGAAGUUUCUUAUGGCGACUCUUGCUCGAAUUCAGAAACGAGCCGAGUUAUGGCCUAUCAAUGUCAAAAGACUCAUGCCUUCUCCAUCACACAAUCUGCCUGCAAAGACUAAACCUGGAACAGAAACAUUGAAGUUGACUCCUUUUGGAGAUGCGUGUUCGAGACCAGAUCUAAGUAGCAUACAUGAACUACUUGAGAUACUCGGGUAUAGAGAAGAUGAUGGGGUCGCAAAUGAGUUUUCGUUCCAAAUGUGGACGGGCGAAAUGCAAGAGAAUACGGACUACAAGAAGCAUGGAGAUGCCGCAUUUCGUGCUAAAGAUUUUGAUACCGCCAUUGAAUUCUACACAGAGUUCAUGAGUGGAGCUCCUAUGGUGUCACCAACAGUAUUAGCAAGAAGAUGUCUUUGUUACCUAAUGACUGAAAUGUUUAGCGAGGCUCUUAGCGAUGCGAUGCAAGCGCAAGUAGCUUCACCAGAAUGGCCAAUCGCGCUUUACUUACAAGCGGCUUGUCUCUUUAAGCUCGAGAUGGAAGCUGAAGCUAAAGAAGCACUUAGACAUGGUUCUGCUCUUGAAGCUUACUAA